AUGAGCAGAGCGGGCGGUGUUCCCAAUGUCUGGGACGACGACGACUGGGAAGCUCUGGCUGACCGGAUCGACCGCAAGGACACCAAGGAGCCGCAGGCCGUUGCGCAGCCCAACUUGACCAGACAAGAGCGGAUGCAGCAGCACGCCGAGGCGAACCGCAAACUAUGGGAAUCAGCCGAUUCUACAGAGACGUUCCACUAUAUUGAAGCCAGCGGCGGCGGCGUCCCUCUCACCACUUCCUUCAAGCCCCAGGUCAAGGUCCUCAGCCGGAAGCCCGUCAUCGCCAAGAAGGACCCCGUCACGGGCCUGGCUCAGAUGUCCCUCGACGACGACGACGCUCGGCCACAGCAGGUGCAGAUGACGCCCGAGGAAAUCCGCGCAAAGCAGAAGCGCGACCGCGAGGAGAAGCAGCGGCGCUAUGACGAAGCCCGAGCCAAGAUCUUUGGCGAGUCCGCCUCUUCAUCGCGCGGAUCGUCGCCGGGCACAGGCACCGUCACACCUCCUAGGACCGAAGGGCGAGGGUCGUACCGUGGUCGUGGCAGGGGACGCGGC